AUGGUACCACCCCCGCGACUUCCGCCACGAACCCGGAAGCCCCUCCUCGACGCCGGAAGUCCCUCGACCUCACUUCCUCAGAGUUUUCCUCCUCCCCGACGCGGAGGAGGGGACUUGGUUCCGGCCCCUGGUGGGCGCCGGCUUAACUCUUCUUGCUCUCCGGAGUGGUGUCCCGGGAGCACCGCUCUCCCGGACGCCGGCGCCGGAAGCUCGGGUCGCGGCCGCUCCAGGAGAGCGCCGGGCCAGGCGAUAGGCCCGCGCGGGGCCAUGAACGGGACCGUGAACCCGCUGCUGGAUCGCGAGGAGCACUGCCUGCGGCUCGGGGAGAGCUUCGAGAAGCGACCGCGGGCUUCCUUUCACACCAUUCGCUAUGAUUUUAAGCCAGCAUCUAUAGACACUUCCUGUGAAGGAGAGCUUCAGGUUGGCAAAGGAGAUGAAGUCACAAUUACACUGCCACAUAUCCCCGGAUCCACACCACCAAUGACUGUGUUCAAAGGGAAUAAGCGGCCUUAUCAGAAAGACUGUGUGCUCAUUAUUAAUCAUGACACUGGUGAAUAUGUGCUGGAAAAACUCAGUAGCAGCAUUCAGGUCAAGAAAACAAGAGCUGAGGGGAGCAGUAAAAUCCAGGCCCGAAUGGAACAGCAGCCUACUCGUCCCCCACAACCAUCACAGCCCCCACCUCCGCCUCCUCCACCACCUAUGCCAUUCAGAGCCCCAACAAAGCCUCCGGUUGGACCUAAAACUUCUCCAUUGAAAGAUAAUCCCUCACCUGAACCUCAGCUGGAUGACAUCAAAAGAGAGCUGAGGGCCGAAGUUGACAUCAUUGAGCAGAUGAGCAGCAGUGGGAGCAGCUCCUCAGACUCUGAGAGCUCCUCAGGCAGCGAUGACGACAGCUCCAGCAGUGGCGUUGAGGACAAUGGCCCGGCAUCCCCUCCACAGCCCUCCCACCAGCAGCCCUACAGCAGCAGGCCACCCAUGGCCAACGGAACCAGCCGGCCACAAGGAAGCAACCAGCUCAUGAACACCCUCAGAAAUGACUUGCAGUUGAGUGAAUCUGGCAGUGACAGCGAUGACUAGAGCUGGAUCUUUCAAAAUCUACUUUCUG